AUGGGCAACGGAGCCAAGGCAAACAUGAAGCGCGAGCGCAACGCUAAGGACACCAAGACCGCCAAGUCGCAGACCAAGAGCAACGAGAAAGCCAUGAGCAUUCAGUGCCAGAUCUGCAGACAGACUUUCCUCCAGACCACCAAGCCUCCUGCCCUCCUCGAGCACGCCUCCAACAAGCACAACAAGGGUCUUCCUGAGUGUUUCCCCGGUAUCAGCGCAUAG